AUGGACUUCUCUUCUCGAGGCGGCAACAAGGGCGCCGGUAUCGCCGGUGCCUCGGAGUCCAAUGUCGACCGCCGCGACCGCCUCCGGAAGCUGGCGCUCGAGACCAUCGAUCUCGCAAAAGACCCUUACCUGCUCAAGAACCACCUUGGCGGACUCGAAUGUAGGCUCUGCCUCACGCUGCAUACCAACGAGGGCAGCUAUCUCGCACACACUCAGGGAAAGAAGCAUCAAGCCAAUCUGGCGAGGAGAGCGGCGCGGGAAGCGAAGGAGAAUGCGUACAACUCGAACAAGCUCCUCACCGCAACUGCGGUCGAGACGGUGCCCAAGAAGCAAUUUGUCAAGAUCGGAAGGCCGGGGUACAAGGUCAGCAAGGUACGGGAGCCGCUACUGGAAGGUGGAGAGGGAGGGAGACUAGGACUGCUAUUCCAAGUAUCGCUGCCAGAGAUCAAAGAAGGGGUCACGCCAAUGCACAGGUUUAUGGGCGCGUUCGAACAAAAGGUCGAGACGCCGGAUCGGAACCACCAGUACCUCGUGGUUGCAGCGGAGCCAUACGAGACGAUCGCGUUCAAGCUCCAGAGCAGGGAGAUCGACAGGAGGGAUACAGGGCUCGUGACGUCUUCUGCGCCAGGAGCGAGACCAAGGCCGGAGCCCGCGACUUGGAGCUACUACGACCCCGAUGGGAAGACCUUUUCGAUCCAAGUCAUGUUCAAAUGA